AUGCAAAGACUUUGCAAGCCUUUCCUUUCUCAAUCCUCGUCUCGUUGCAAAACAUGGAUCACUCGUAAAGGCUCAUCAUCAUCACCUUCCAUUCUUACCCACAAUAACAAUAACAACAAACUUGGUGCUUUGAACAACGAAUGCGGUUGUCAACAUUCCUAUUCAACCACAACAAGUCAAUCCGUUGCAAGUGUUGCUGUGGUGAAUGAAGAAGCAGAUACAUUUUCAUCAACAGCUUCACAACCAUCGGAAUUGAUACAGGAAGAAUUACAACAAACAGAAGUACCACUCACACCUGCAGAUAUGGCCACUUCCGAGCAAGCAGCUUUGGAGGCUAUGGAGAGAAAAUUCUACGUAUUGCCUUCAAUUUUUGAACAAUAUGGUACUCCGAGACCACCCACUAUUUCUCUCAUUCAUCAAUAUUCGGAUGGAAAGGCUACCUUUGACUAUCCACCACAAGAUGCCAAUGAUCAAGCAAUUUCACUAACUGCACAAAUUCCCAAUAUUGACAAGACAUAUCCUAAUCCUAACUUGGCCCAAUACUAUGCACAACAUAAUGCACAACUUCAACUCCGAACCUUAAAAGAUAAUAUUGUGGAUUCACAACCAUAUUAUCGUCUUUCUAGUUUUAAUUAUAGUGCACUAAGAUAUAGUUUACUCCGAUCGGGAUUUAAGAGAUUGGGAAAGGAUGUUCCUGUGGUUGAGAGAGGAUUUAUGAGUGCCAAUGAAGAGGAACAGGAGAGACGUUUCGAAAGUUUCAUCAAGGAACCAUUUUCAAUUUUCUGGGGACGUCACUUACCUGCUCACUUUUACCAACACUUGAAUGCAUUUCAAAGAGUGAAUCAUUUUCCAGGAUCAACAAAUUUGGGUCGAAAAGAUUUACUCUUCAUUAAUCUCUUCAGACAACAGCAAUUGAUGGGUGGAUCUGAAUACGACUUCUUCCCUGAUAGUUUCUUGUUGCCAUACGAUUACAAUGUUUUUGAACAGAGAUGUAAGGAACAAGAGCUCUUCAUUCUCAAACCAUUCGCUAGUAGCUGUGGAAGAGGUAUUAGUGUUUAUAAUACAAAAAAACAUGCUCCAAUUCCACAAGAUAAACGUAUCCUCGCUCAGGAAUACAUUGCGAAUCCAUUGUUGAUUGGUGGAAAGAAAUUUGACAUGAGACUCUAUGUUCUUGUUUCCUCCUAUGAUCCACUUCGUGUUUAUUUGCAUCAUGACGGAUUGGCACGUUUCGCAACCGAAGAAUACGACAUGGAAAAAUUAGAUAGCGUCUUUUCACAUUUAACCAAUUAUUCACUCAAUAAGAAGUCAGAGGCAUAUGUGAGAAAUAACGAAGAGGGCGAGUCCGAAGAAGAUGGAUGGAAUGAACAUGCUCAUAAAUGGAGCAUUCCAUCUCUCAAGACUUACCUCAAGAGAAACGGCUUCCCAGUCGAGAAGAUUUGGGGAGAUGUUGAAUCCCUCAUUGUCAAGACAUUAAUUUCUGUAGAAGGACGAAUUCGUCAAACGUGUGACAAGGUCAAAUUACCAUCCACAAAGAACUGCUUUGAAAUUUAUGGUUUUGACGUCAUGAUUGACAAUGAUUUGAAACCAUGGCUAAUUGAGGUCAAUAUUAUGCCCUCUCUGGGAGUGUCAUCUGUGCUCGAUAAGCGGGUAAAGGUCGAUGUGUUGAGUGAGUCAUUCCACAUCAUUGGUAUGGUUCCUCACUCGCGUUCCAAUUACGAACAAGAAAAACAGAGCAAACUUCGUUAUUAUGGAGAGUCUGUGAGCGCUCAAGAAAAGUACAUUCUCCACGAUAGUGAAGAUGAAUUAUCGAGAUUACACAACUUUAAGCGAAUUUAUCCACCUGUGGAUGGCAAUCCUGGCCGAUACGAACACUUGUUUGCUGAACAUGUACCAUCCAACAAGAUUUUGAUCGAUUUUGAAAAAGAAAAGCUUAAUCAUAGUAUUGAAUCUCUUCACAAACUCAUUGCAUAA